GAGAACGAAGCAAGCAAGCUAGAGGAGUGCAAGGUAUUGAAGAGAAUUAGACAGGGAGACUGAGAGUACAGAGCAAGGAUCAGAGUGUGACCAAGAUGUGCUGGUGUUAUCUGUGACUUUACAUAGAGCUCCUCUUACAGCACAGAUAGGGAUGCACACAGGGAGCAGAGGAAAACAGCUUAUUUAAGAGGAAAGGCAUCUGAAAAGAAACAUGCAACAAAGAGGUGAGAGACAUUGAGUUACAGACAAAGAAUACCGAUGCAAAAUAGACGAAGAGGAGAAAAGACAUUGAAACUAAACUAAUGAUAUGUACAAACAAAGACAUACACACAUACAUGAAGACUCAUUGAUUACACUUGUAUGUAAAGUACCACAAACAUCCACACAAUGAGAGACGUAUGGAGCAGACGAGACGCUGUUUAUCAUAGGAUUGAGAUCUUUCUUUUUUAGCAAUUGUCUCCUUUAAGGCUAAAUCUCAUAGACCAAAUAACUGUUUUACUAAUUUAGCAGUAUUGUCAUGCAGAUACAUCAUUACUGUACCUACAGUAUCCCUCACUAGCUGCUAUAUCAUUUUCAUUCCUGCUAUUACUUUCUAACCUGCAGUGGCCCUAGCUACCUCAUUUAUUUACCAGUUCUCUAACAAUAUUUGGAGACUGUCACAAGGAGGUUCAUUAACAGUCUCUUAGGGCUCAACUCAUUGACUGUCCUCUGUGAAUUCUUUAACAGCACGCUCUGGAAGCUCUAACACUAUAAGGCUACUCUUAGCCCUUGCUGAUCAGAUGGACUUGUAUCCACAGAAUUUGGAUUAUUCAAACAAAGCCUCUUUGAGCACUCUCUGGUGACACACUCAAAAAAGUGGCCUCUCCUGGCAAUCUCUUUCCACCUACUUGAAGAGUAGUCUCUCAGAACGAUAUCGCUUUCAACAGUCUCUCAACCAGAGAUGGCGUUCACCUUUGCUGCGUUCUGUUACAUGCUGACACUCGUCCUCUGUGCUUCUCUCAUCUUUUUCAUCAUCUGGCACAUUAUUGCCUUUGAUGAACUUCGAACAGACUUUAAGAAUCCUAUAGAACAGGGGAAUCCAUCCAGAGCGAGAGAGAGGGUUAAGAACGUGGAACGGAUUUGCUGCUUGCUCAGAAAGCUUGUAGUACCAGAGUAUUGCAUCCAUGGCCUCUUCUGUCUAAUGUUUAUGUGUGCUGCUGAGUGGGUUACUCUGGGUCUCAACAUACCUUUGCUAUUCUACCACCUCUGGAGGUACUUCCACCGACCGGCUGAUGGCUCAGAAGUUAUGUUUGACCCAGUGUCUAUAAUGAACGUGGAUAUUCUGAAUUACUGCCAGAAGGAAGCUUGGUGUAAACUGGCAUUCUACCUGCUGUCCUUCUUUUAUUACCUGUACAGGGUGGGGGCUACUGUACGUUAUGUCAGCGUGUAGGAAGCUGUGCAUCUGCUGUAUGAUUUACACACUCGUCACUUUUUGAAUCUUGCCAGUCCGAAACUCUGAAUCCAGAAGAAGGAAAAGUGAAAACGGGAUCAAGAUCUCUGCAUAUGGAGAAGACCUGAAGGGCGUUGCUCUCUCCAGUCUGCCAACUCGUAGUAGAUUCAUUUUUUCUCCCUCUGCCUCCAUUCAUCUCUCCCCCCCCCCCCCCCCAUCCCCCCUCCACUGUCCAGCCCUUCCAUUCAGUUUCCCCUUUUUUUCAGGCUUUUCCUAUUUUUAGACUGCUGCUGGCUUACAGCUCUUAUUUGUCUGUUUGAAGUCUGUGACUUUAUUUCUGUAGAAAUCUGUGAAGUUUACUGUCAAUAAAGGAUAUAUAUUCA